AUGGCUACCACAAUCCAUCUCUCACAAGCUAUGGGAAAACCUCUUGUGGAUGCCUCCGUCUACCGUAGUACUAUUGUUGCAUUACAGUAUGCCACCCUCACUAGACCGGAUAUUUCAUUCUCUGUUAAUAAGGUAUGUCAAUUCCUGAAUGCACCAGCUGAUGAACAUUGGCAAGUAGUCAAGCAAAUCCUUCGGUAUCUUAAAGAGACGAUAUCCCAUGGCUUAUUGCUCAAUAUAAAUCCUACACAGCACUUAGUCACCUAUAGUGAUGUUGACUGGGCAGGUUGCCCUGAUGACAAAAAAUCAACUAAGAGUUUUGCCACCUUCUUAGGUGACAGUUUGAUCUCCCAAUCCACUCGAAAGCAAGCCAUAGUAGCAAGAUCUUCAACAGACUCUGAAUAUCAUGCAAUUGCUAAUGCAACCAUUGAGCUCAUCUGGUUAUCCUCAUUACACUAA